AUGUUCAAGAAAGAUAUCACCUCCGCCCCGAAGCAGAAGCUCAAGUCCUCCGUCCAGCGCUCCCUGCGCCAGUCGCUGCUGGGCUCCUACCCGUUGCUGAACCCCUACAUCGACGAGUUGAUGCCCAAGAAGGCCUCUCUCGAGCAGAUGAAGCUGCCCGAGCGCUGCUCCCUCUACGUCUGCGACCAACAGCCCCUCUUCUACCAGCAGGACAACGGCACCCUCAUCCCCCACCUCAAACUCGUCCACCGCUUCCCCAGGGGCUUCCCGACCAUCCGCAUUGACCGCGGCGCUAUCCGCUUCGUGCUCUCUGGCGCCACCCUCAUGGCCCCCGGCCUGACGAGCCCCGGCGGCCGGCUGCCCAAGCCGAGGGACGGCGACGAGGGCGUCGACGAGGAGGGCCACUGGAGCAGGGAGCUGGAGAAGGGCGAGCCGGUUGUCAUCAUGGCCGAGGGCAAGACAGAGGCAUGCGCUGUCGGGUUCCUGGUCGCGGGGACGAAGGAGGUCAAGGAUAAGGGAAAGGGGCCUGUGGUCGAGGAGGCGCAUUUCUUGGGUGAUGGCCUUUGGAGACUUGGAUCGGAAUAA